AAUGACAUGAUUUAUUGUGAUUGAUAAACAUUCCGAAUGAUCCGAGCUUCUGCACCUUCGCCGUUCUGCAACCUAACACGGCCCCCUGCCAAGAGGAACCAUCGCCCAAACUUGGAAAUUGUGUUUCUCUCUUCCUUUGACACGUCGUACGUUUGCAUAUUACACUUCCCAAGCACCCAUCUCAUCUCCUCAACAGCAGCUACAAUGGCCUCUUAGACGCACGACAGAAUGAUACUUCACCCCAGUCACUCACUACAUAUUCGGGACCCAGCCAUGUCCAUACUCACUAGUCACCCGCCGCCUGCAUCCGCCUUUGGGCCAAUCGCAGCCCUGGUAAUCUACAUCGCCAUCACCCUUUUCUUCACCGUCAAAGUCGUCACCGAUAUCAUCUCUCGUGCGCGACGGCUCGGCAGCUCAUUCACCUCAGCGUCGAUAAGUACACAACAAGCUUGUUCGAUAGCGCUGUUUAUACUUUCUGUGCUUGCGUGCACUUCGGCUUAUGUCACGUGUCGCGCCCUCACGAGACAUGCGGAGUUGAGCUAUAAUGCUUGGGCCACGCUGCAUGGAGUCGCGAAGAGCAAGUCGUUCUGGGUCGAAGUUGGAAGCUGCUUUAUGCGAAGGCUGACGAACGAUGAGAUGUGGAGUGAUGGUGGUGUGUACCUGGGAUUGUGGGUCGGGGACAGUAAUGUUCGGAAUGAGUUCUGGGUUUGUAUUCUGAGAGGCCAUCAGAGGUUCUGGUGGAGUCUCAUCUGGGUGCUGGUCGGCUUUGUCUUCGUUUGGGAUGCGACUUUUCGAGGCCGAAAACACUCCAUCACAUCCCUCCCAUACAUCGCCGCACUCAGCCAACUCGUCUCCGUGUCCUUUGCGCAGACUCUUUUCCUCAUGCACAUCCUGCUCAGCAGCUUUCCGCGCCACUCAUCAUCGUCCGAUGAUACGGAUUCUAAAUCGUCCCUCUCCCUAACACCGUCCUCCACUGAGAAAACUCACUCUUCACGCCGUCUUCCAACACGUUCACACCUCCUCGCUCCAAUGCUCCUCACAGCAUACACCCUCAUCUCCAUCUACCUUCUCUUCCACUCGCACUCUCCCAACCUCAGAUUCUACACCACCACCCAACGCUUUCUCACGCUUUCGAUCCCUUACUUUAUCCGCAACCGACCGUCCUUCUACAUCGACGUUCGUGCGUACACGACGCCGAAAGUACGACUUGCGCUGCUGGCCACGCUGCUCUGUGCUUUGGCGAUCCCGUUCAAAGGCGAUCCAAUGACUCUUCCAGCGCUGAGGAAGGAGACUAGGACAAGGCCGGCGUUUGGGGCUGUAGGGUGGGAUCUGGGACUGACAGUGUUUUGUUAUAUACUGUGGGAUGUGUGGGAGCUGACGGGUUAUGCAUAAGGGAAGGGGUGGGGGUGAGAUCGAUACGUGGCAGGACUGGAUACAAGCGGGCAAGUAUGCUAAUCUGAAAUAAUUUGAACAAAUAGAGUUGUGCUACACGAUUUUGUCUCAAUAUUUAGAGACUGAUACAGAAGGCACAGUCGUAUUACACUCCGACUGGACUACUACAGCGGUAUUGAUAUACAUUAUAGAGGAAUUGGCUUCAUG